ACCCUUGACGGGAUAGUUCGCGUAUUUAUAUCCCUUCUGCGACACUUAAUUUUUACAAAAUGCAUUUGUUUAAAUAUUCCGUUGUAUUGCUCACAGUAUGUCUGCUUUUGGCGAAUAAAGUCAAGGAAACCGAGUCUGGAAGUAUCUUCGAAGAUAUUACUACUGGCGGUUUGCCAAUAUUGGCUUCAAUGGCUGGUUUGACAUUUACAGGACCAAUCGCCCCAAUUAUAGUUGGUUCAUUGUUGACCAUAUCACUUGCGGCAAAACUGUUGCAAGAAAACAACCAAGAAGCAGAACCAUCACCUCUAAGCAAAGCUGAUUUCUUGGAACAAAAUUCAAAAAUUUCUGACUCACUUAAGGACAUUAAAACACAAAUGUCACAAAUGGGAACACAAUUGACUGACACUGUGGAAACUCACGAAUUAUUUGAAGACAUGCGCAAUGCACUCGAUACUCUAUGCGAAACAGUCACUGAUAAUUACGACACGAUCAUGGAUCCUAAAGUCAAAGGAGUAUCGAAAGCAGCAAGCUUGCGCGCCAUGUUGGAGUACUUCAGUACGUUUAGACAGACUUUGAAGUCAUUCGUGACAAAAUACAUCAAACCCAAGGGAAUGGUUUCAGCAGCAGGUGAUGUAAACUUAUUUUACGAUUACAUAUUGAGAAGGAAUCGUGUGGCGAACGAAAAUGGAGAUGAUUGCUAUUUUGAAGCAGUGCACACCAAACUUUUCAAAUCCUACAUGUACAUUCUCAAGUCUCUGACUGACGCCUAUGUAAUGGUCAUAUCUGCUCACACAGUUCAGUAUCAAAGUGAAUUGAAGGAAAGCAAGGAAAGCGAAGCCCACGAAACAAAAAAACUGUCUAUAAAGAUUCUGAACCAAUAUAAGAGUGACAUGAAAGCAUUGAUGGAAAAAACAAAAUGGGCCCUGAAUCAAGCACCCAGGGAUAUUCGAAGCUGUGGAAAGUUCGAAUACAUGAGAAAAGGGGACAGUUUUGAUAGUGUAUCAUUCGCCGUUAUAUUUCCUAAAUUUAAGGAUUGGAAUUAUGAUCGCAAUGCUCAUUAUUCAAUGUUUAGUGGACCAAGCUAUCAAUGUCUUACUCGCGAACCCGAUGUUAAAAGUAGUGACUUUGAAAUUACUAACUGUACAGACGCUGGUUUGAAAAGACCUGCUGCUGUCAAAGCCUUUGUUGAUCCUAAAAAAACCAGCUGGCCAUUGGUCUACUUGUUCAGUAGUCCAUCAUUCGGAGCAGAUCAAACACUAGGACACAGCGUAUCAACACCUGGUCUUGUUAAGCGUGAAUUUUCUUCUACUAAGUCUUGCUUCUCAGAGUUUUGCAACGCUUACAAGAAAAAAGUUGUCGGUGUUUCCACAAAACUUGUUAGUGCUGAAGAAGGAAGCGUCAUCACUGGAGUACGAUUCGUAAUAAAAGAUAAUAUUAUUCACAUUGAAAUCCAAGAGGCACCAUUCGUGGAUGACUUAAAUAUAGACAAAGAUUAUCUUUAUUGGACAGAACAACCAAAAUCAGAUGAAGUCUUGUAUCUUGAUUCCAAAAUCAGAAAUUUCGAACUUGGUGAUGUCGAAUUGCCACCAAAUCAAUACAUUAAAACAAUUCAAUUUAAGUUGAAAAAUGAAGAAGAAGGACUUAUUGGCUUAUACAUUAACGGAAUAACAUCUGAACGAAUUGGACAGCAAUGGUAUCCAGGUGCUAAAUCGAGUGAAAUUCCACUAGCAGGAAGUGAAAGCCCUGAUAAAUUUGCUGAUGCAAAACAUUUAGUAUCCAAACCUCCCUUAGCCAACAGACCUUACCAUGUCAGUCUUCAACCAACCGAUUUAUACAAAGAAUUCGGUAUUUCAACUGUUCCAAACUUUGAUUUAAGAUCCGUAAGUUCCUACCCAGCAGCACCUGUUGCAGGAAUCGGAAUGUAUCACCACACUGUUAAGGGUUCCGGCGGAUUCCUUGCACUGAAACUUAUUCAACCUAACAUGGCUCCAUAUGUCGAUUACAAUGUAAUUGAAAAAGUUAUCGAUACAUUAGUGAAACUGUAAUUCAAAUAACAAGUGGGUUUGUUAACAAUGUUAUACAAGUUUUACCAAGACGUUGCUUGAUUUAAAUAAACCAAAACUUUUAAGUGAUGUAU